CUCUGCUUCAGGUGGAUUAAAUUAAAACAAUAAUAUAUUGUAACAUGAGAACAUGCCGGUAACAAGAAAGAAGGUUAUAAAAACAGUGUACAAACAUGAAGAUAGUGAUGAAGAAACCGGUGAUUUUAGUGACUCAGGGUCAGAAGCGCACAUUUCUGAUGUGCCAAGCUCUGAAGAUGAAGCUGAGGAAUUACCAGAAACGUCUGAAGAUGAAUUUGUCACAAAAACCAAAAAGAACGCCACGAAACCUAAACCAUCGAAGAAACCGUUCGCCAAAAGAUUAAUUAGCAAAAUAAAUAAACAAUCUCUCGAAAUGGAAAAUACAUCUCCAACGAUCUUCACAGUUAAAGACCUUACAGAUGAAGAUAAACUUCUUCCACCCAUACUCAAUUUAUCUGAAAGUGAUAGUAAUGAUGAAGAAACUCCAAAGGUAGCUGUGAAAAAAUUCACACCUCCAAUAGCUGAUGUCAGAGAACAAACCACUGACAGUGAUGAAGGCUCUCAAAUGAAUUACAAAGAUGUUUGGUCACAAAAUGUUGAUCAGAGUGAGGAAAUAGCAAAGAAGGCCUUCAUGGAGCUUGAACAACACAAAAAUAAAAUAGAAGAGGUGAAAGAAUCAAUACAAAACUACAAAGAUAUUAAGGAAGAAAAAAUAUCUGAUAAACACAAAGAAGAUAGCGAAAAAAAAUCUAAUUCUAAAAAACCAUCAAAACCGAAAAUUCCGCAAGUGGAUGGAAAUGACGAUGAUGAAAAUAUAUUUCAAAACAUAAUGCAAGUUGAUGGUAAUGAUGACAUCCUUGGCGUCAAAACCAGAAGUACGAGAUCUGCAAGAGCUGGUAAUGUCAAUUCUCUUAAAAAUAAAGAAGAAACUGAAGAUGAUUUACCUCAAAAACGAUUAAAAAAAGACCCUGAACAGUCUACACAAAAUCCUUCCCGAGGUGAUAGAAAGCAGACUAAUAGAUCAUUAAAAGGUGUAAACAGUAAACAUGGAAACCCUACAAACGUUUUGAUUGAUGAAAAUAAUGAUAAUAUUGCAAUGAAAAGAUCUACAAAGCUGUUACCAAAUCGAGCAAUUAAAUCAAUCAUCAGUGACAAAUCAGAUGGUAAAGAAAAAGACAAAACACCAAAAGAAAAUGCUUCUUCAAAACCACAAAGCUGCAAAAUUGUACCUAAACUUGAAUUAGAAAUUACAAAAAAGACUCUAGCGAAUGCAAAACCAGCCAAAAGAAAAGCAAUAAAAGAUAUUCCCCUUGUGUCUGAUGAAAACAAAAAGUCAGUUUCCAGCAAAUAUUUUCAAACUAACACAGCUACUGUUGACGAAAAGAAAAGCAGGACUUGUAGGAAAAGAUCGCACACCUUUGAAUCUAAUAAAACGAAUAAAAAUAACAGUUUGGAUGUUAAGGAGAAGGUCACUAAAGCAAGGACGAAAAGUGCAAUUAAUGAAGUAGAAAAAAGCAAAUACUUUUGUGAUACAGAAAUAGAAAGUAAACGAUCUAAAGUAACCAGACAUACAAGGUCAAACAAUGUUCAGGUCAAACCUGAGCAAAGAGUAAGUCAUAGAGAUCUAAAGAAAAUAAGUGAUAAAUCUAAAAAUGAUGUCACUGAGGACCUUGUGACAAUAAUAAAAAGCAGAAUAAAAGAAGCUAAGAGUGACUCAAAUAAGUUGAGAUCAAAAGCAAAAAAAAUAAAAGAAGAAUCAGAUAGUGACAGUGACCUAUUACCAGAAGAGGAAGUUCGCAAAAAUAUACCAGAAAGUGAUGAUGAUUUCAAACCACCUAAAAUUAGUCCUCGACCCAGUACAAGUAAGAAAAUAGAUCGUCGUGUACUUUCCUCAGAUGAUGAAAAACCUAAAAACAAAAUCGACAUUUGGUGUGAGAUUUUUGCUGAAGAACUUGAACAAUGGAUAUGUGUUGAUGUUGUUAGUGGAAAAAUACAUGACACAGAUACAAUUUAUACUCGUGCUACGCACCCGGUGUGCUAUAUUGUUGGCUGGGACAACAACAAUUAUUUGAAAGACUUGACUAGAAAAUACGUGCCUCACUAUAAUACGGUGACGCGAAAAUUACGAGCCGAACUGGAUUGGUGGGAAAAAGCUCUAAGCCCGUGGGUUGGACCUAAGACUGCACGGGACAAAGAAGAAGAUGAAUAUAUAAAUAAGAUGCAACUUGAAGCACCUUUGCCGAAAAGUAUUGCCGAGUACAAGAAUCAUCCUCUGUAUGCUCUAAAAAGACACUUAUUGAAGUUCGAAGCUAUGUAUCCAUCAGACGCGGCAACAUUAGGAUUCGUACGCGGCGAAGCGGUAUACUCCAGGGACUGCGUGUACGUAUGUAGAUCACGAGAUCUGUGGCUUAAAGAGGCCAAAGUUGUCAAACUUGGUGAAAAACCUUACAAAAUUGUGAAAGCGCGGCCGAAAUGGGAUAAGUUAUCAAAUACAUUAAUCAGAGAUAAAGUUCUGGAAUUGUAUGGACCAUGGCAGGUUCAAGACUAUGAACCACCUGUAGCUGAAAAUGGAAUAGUGCCUCGGAAUGCUUAUGGAAAUGUAGAACUGUUCAAGGAAUGCAUGUUACCUAAAGGAACAGUGCGAAUUAAAUUACCUGGUUUAAAUAGAGUGGCAAGAAAAUUGAACAUAGACUGUGCACCAGCGAUGACCGGCUUCGACUACGACGGUGGCUGGUGUCAUCCUGUUUACGACGGCUUUGUUGUUUGUAAAGAGUUUGAGGGAGUGCUCACAGAAGCCUGGGUCCAGGAACAAGAAGAACAGGAAAAACGUGAACGCGAAAAAACCGAAGCCAGAGUCUAUGGAAAUUGGAAGAAGUUAAUCAGAGGUUUGCUCAUACGAGAAAGGGUCAAAGAUAAAUAUGGUUUCGAAAAACUCAGUGCGUCCCAACCAACAAAAGGUAAAGGAAAAGCACCUCGAUUUGUUGUAAAGAAAAAAUAGUUUAAUACAUGAGUCGUCUAUUAUCAAAGGUGGCAAUCUGUGCAUUUGGACAAAAAAAUGUUAUUGAUAUGUCAAUACAGAUUGAUUUGAAUAUAAUCGUCUCCUUCAAAGAAUACGGUUCAAAACCUGCAUUAAAUAAAGGUUAAUAGUUAACCUGUUAUUUAUAUAAGAUGUCGUUCCGAAGAGUUUUGUGACUGCCAAUGGAAUACAAAGUCAAUAAUUCGUUUUUCUGAUUUACCAAUUAUUAUCCAAAAGUCAGAUUGCCGGCUUUGAUAAUAGUCGACUC